CCCCGCGCCAGAGCGCGGGCUUUCUUGAGACGCGCCUUGCUGAGAGCGUUCACGUCGCUCCGAGUCCUUGUCGCGGCCCUGCGUUUGGCGGUUUCCGCGUGGCCCGGAGCGAGGCCAGGCGGCCCCCGCUCGAGGCCCGCGUCGCCAUGGCCGCGGUUCCCGAGUUGCUGCAGCAGCAGGAGGAGGACCGCAGCAAGCUGAGAUCUGUAUCUGUGGACCUGAAUGUUGAUCCCUCGCUUCAGAUUGACAUACCUGAUGCACUCAGUGAGAGAGAGAAGGUCAAAUUUACCGUGCACACCAAGACCACGCUGUCCACGUUUCAGAAUCCGGAGUUCUCUGUUACAAGGCAACAUGAAGACUUUGUGUGGCUACAUGACACUCUCAUUGAAACUGCAGACUAUGCUGGGCUUAUCAUUCCACCUGCUCCUACGAAGCCUGACUUUGAUGGCCCUCGAGAAAAAAUGCAGAAAUUGGGAGAGGGUGAAGGGUCUAUGACCAAAGAAGAAUUUGCUAAGAUGAAGCAAGAGCUGGAAGCUGAGUAUCUCGCGGUCUUUAAGAAGACUGUAUCCUCCCAUGAGGUUUUUCUGCAGCGGCUCUCUUCUCACCCUGUUCUCAGUAAGGAUCGCAACUUCCAUGUGUUCCUGGAAUAUGAUCAGGAUCUAAGUGUUCGGCGGAAAAAUACCAAAGAGGUGUUUGGUGGCUUUUUCAAAAGUGUGGUGAAAAGUGCUGAUGAGGUCCUUUUUUCUGGAGUUAAGGAGGUAGAUGACUUCUUUGAGCAAGAGAAGAAUUUCCUCAUUAACUAUUAUAAUAGGAUCAAGGAUUCGUGUGCAAAAGCUGACAAAAUGACCCGAUCUCAUAAAAAUGUUGCAGAUGACUAUAUCCACACUGCAGCCUGCCUGCAUAGCUUGGCUUUAGAAGAGCCCACGGUCAUCAAAAAGUACCUAUUGAAGGUUGCUGAGCUAUUCGAAAAACUUAGGAAAGUAGAAAGCCGAGUCUCCUCCGAUGAAGACUUAAAGCUGACAGAGCUUCUCCGAUACUACAUGCUCAACAUAGAGGCUGCUAAGGAUCUCUUAUACAGACGCACCAAAGCCCUCACUGACUAUGAGAACUCAAACAAAGCCUUGGAUAAGGCCCGGUUAAAAAGCAAAGAUGUCAAGUUGGCUGAGGCACACCAGCAGGAAUGCUGCCAGAAAUUUGAACAGCUUUCUGAAUCUGCAAAAGAAGAACUAGUCAAUUUCAAACGAAAGAGAGUGGCAGCAUUUAGAAAGAAUUUAAUUGAAAUGUCUGAACUGGAAAUAAAGCAUGCCAGGAACAAUGUCUCCCUCCUGCAGAGCUGCAUUGACUUGUUCAAGAACAACUGAUCUGCCUUUUCUCUGAAUGAAGGAGGCGAAUGUGAAAGAAAGCCAGCAUCACUUGCACUUAAAUCAUUACCACAGAAGAUUUAGUACCUUUGACUUCAGUUUAAAAUUAUGUGAAUAAAUAUUUUGAUUUCUAAAAAUCUUAACACUUAACCAUGUUGGUUUAAAAAUAUUUCUAUUGCAUGCUACUUGGACAUAACUAAUCUUUUCCUUAUGUAUUUAAUACCUCAGAAUGGUCAGAAUCUACAUACUGGGUCUUCCUGUAAUUUGCCUUUAGUUAUUAAAGAGUGCAGGAAACGUGCCUUCUGGAACCAAG